UACAAAUUGGGGUGCCAGGGGUACCGCGGUGCUUCUGGGAGUUCCUGCUGCAGGAGCUGGUGAUUCUCUGGGGCUGGGAAGCACAGUAAAUUCCCACAAUGACGGACCAGCAGGCAGAAGCCCGUGCCUUCCUCAGUGAGGAGAUGAUUGCGGAGUUCAAAGCCGCCUUCGACAUGUUUGAUGCUGAUGGCGGUGGAGACAUCAGCACCAAGGAGUUGGGGACAGUGAUGAGGAUGCUGGGCCAGAACCCCACCAAAGAAGAGUUGGACGCCAUCAUCGAGGAGGUGGAUGAGGAUGGCAGCGGUACCAUCGACUUCGAGGAGUUCUUGGUGAUGAUGGUGCGCCAGAUGAAAGAGGACGCCAAGGGCAAGUCUGAGGAGGAGUUAGCCAACUGCUUCCGCAUCUUCGACCGGAAUGCCGAUGGGUUCAUCGACAUUGAGGAGCUGGGUGAGAUCCUGAGGGCCACCGGGGAGCCUGUCACCGACGAGGACAUAGAGGACAUGAUGAAGGACUCAGACAAGAACAACGAUGGCCGCAUCGACUUUGAUGAGUUCCUGAAGAUGAUGGAGGGUGUGCAGUAAGGGACCAGACAUUCCUUGGGCCGGCUGCUGCACCCAGCCCCGCUCCCCCACUGCCCAGGGAGCAGCAGCUCUGCAGCACC